AUGCGCCGUCGCCUCGCCGUCUCGGUGCUGGCUCCGCGACGUCUAUUCACAACGGAGCCAGCAGCCCCCUCUGACAGCCCGCACAAGCGAGCACUGACCCCGGAGGAGCGCCGGCUGAUUGCGUCGAUGCUCCGAGUCGACCACGCCGGCGAGCUCGGUGCAACGUGGAUCUACAAAGGGCAGCAUGCCGUCCUGGGCCGAGAUUCCAAGAUCGGCCCGCUGCUGCAGCACAUGUGGGACCAGGAGAAGGUCCAUCUUGCCGGCUUUGACCAGAUCCUGGCCAACAAUCGGGUGCGCCCGACAGCCCUUCGUCCCUUCUGGGAGGUUGCUGGGUUCGCCCUGGGUGCAGGCACCGCUCUGAUGGGCAAGGAGGCUGCCAUGGCCUGCACCGAAGCCGUCGAGACUGUCAUCGGCGAGCAUUACAACGACCAACUGCGGGAGCUCCUCAAGAUCGAUGACCCCGAGAUCGCCAAGCUCCGGGCGGUGAUCAAAAAGUUCCGUGACGAAGAGCUCGAGCAUCUGAACACGGCCGUUGACCAUGAAGCCAAGAAGGCUCCCGCAUAUCCCGUCCUGACGGGCCUGAUCCAGCAGGGAUGCAAGACCGCCAUCUGGAUAGCCUCGAAGAUCUGA